AUGGAGGGCAAUAAGGCUUCCAGGCGGGUGCCGUACGGCCGACUUUGUGAUUUCGUGGGGAGGAGAAUUCGUUUCGUCGGAAAGAUCAAGGAGGCUGAAGACGAUGCCAUUAUCAUAGAAGCGUCAGAAGGUAGAUGCGUGAAGUGCUUCUUUAGAGAGCCUCCACCUCCUUGUCGUUAUGUUGAGGUAGUGGCCACAGUGCAAGAAGACCUCACGGUCAAACAGGAGGACACAGACCAAACUAUCCCACUUGGAGACAACAUUGAUAUGGAGCUCGUAGACGCAGCCACUGCAGCGACUUUCCACCCUCAGUUCAACCAUCUCUUCGAGGCAGAAUAA